CUUCCACUCAUUUCCCCUCACGUGGGGGCAUCCCGCCCUCCUGCCACGCACCAGGAUGAAAACUGUGGGCUCCUUCCCCAAGGAAGGGCUCGUCCUGUCUGCAUUUUGAUUAAUUUAGGUCCCUUUGCAUUGCCAGCUCUCAGCUGGCUUUAAAUUUGAUUUUGUUGCUUGUUUGGCUCAUUUUCACCUUUAGGGCGAGACAGUCUUUUGUAACGUUUCUACCUUCUGACUAGAAGUGGAUGCCUCCUGCAUUUUCUCAACACCUCUUCCCCCAGCUUAUUUUGGAAAUUGUCAAACCUACAGAGAGCUGAAAUAACAGUACAGUUAACAUCCGUUCACCCUUCACCCGGAUUCACCACUUGUGAACAUUUGAAUGCGUUAACUUUAUGUGUCUGUCUACUUACAUAUGCAUUUGUAUGUGUAUACUUUUUUCUUUUUUUUUCCCCUAACCCAUUUGAGAGUAAGUUGCAGCCAUCAUAACCUGGAUCUCCCAAAAACAAAGACGUCCUCUUGUAUGACCACAGUUGAAUUGUCCUACCUUAGAAAUUCAUCACUGAUGUGAUAAUACUAAGGUAGACAGUCCACAGGCCAUCCAGAAAAUCUGGAAACAUUGACAAAUAUGCAUGUCAUUGUCAAGGUCAUCUCCAAUCUGUGAAAAAUAAAUCAUCUGCAUUUCUCGACAUCUAUUAAUAUUUUAAUUCUCCCCAGCUUUCCCCAAAACAUCCUUUUUAGCUGCUUUUAAAAAAUUCGGGGUCCUUCGAAAGCACCAUUGUUGCCUGUGACCUGCCUUUUUACCUCUUUUUACCUAGAAAGUCUCACUUCCUUUUUUUGGGAGACUCUUUUAUGACAGUGACAUUGUGCUGUGUCCAGGCCAGUUCUUUUAUAAAAUGUUCUGCGAUCUGGAUUCACACAUGUAUUUCCACACGAUGCUGAGUAUUUUAAGAUAAGUCAAGAAUCAGGUUUUCAUACGAAACAAUCGCAAUGCUUUGGCACUGCACAGGCCACAGAAGCCUGUGGCUGCCUCCGGCCCCGCCUGCACCCCCUCCCCCAGGCCUACCCUGCCCUUUUUCUUCUCUCCCUGCUUCUCCCUCGCCCUCAGCCCAGCAGCGUCUCCUGGACAGUCCUGGCUUUCGGGUCCGGGUUGGGCAGCAGCCCCUGCAGCCGGCCCCACUGAGUCUGCCCUGCCUUCCAGAUUCUGGUACAGGUCAAAGAGGUCCUCUCCAAGCUGAGCACGCUCGUGGAAACCACACUCAAAGAGAGAAGAUUACAGUAUGCGGGAACACCCAUGGCCGGUUCUAUGACCUCCUCAACAUAUUCGAGCUCAACGGUUUACCCUCGGAGACCAACCCCUGGAUAUUUCAUGGUGACUUUGUGGACCGAGGCUCCUUCUCUGUAGAAGUGAUCCUCACCCUUUUCGGCUUCAAGCUCCCGUACCCAGAUCACUUGCACCUACUUCGAGGCAACCACGAGACAGACAACAUGAACCAGAUCUACGGUUUCGAGGGUGAGGUGAAGGCCAAGUGCACAGCCCAGAUGUACGAGCUCUUUAGCGAGGUGUUCGGGUGGCUCCCGUUGGCCCAGUGCGUCAACGGCAAAGUGCUGAUCAUGCACGGAGGCCUGUUCAGUGAAGACGGCAUCACCCUGGAUGACAGCCGGAAAAUUGAGCGAAAUCGACAACCCCCAGAUUCAGGUCCCAUGUGUGACCUGCUCUGGUCAGAUCCACAGCCGCAGAAUGGGCGCUCGGUCAGCAAGCGGGGCGUGAGCUGUCACUUUGGGCCUGACGUCACCAAGGCCUUCUUGGAAGAGAACAACCUGGACUACAUCAUCCGCAGCCACGAGGUCGAGGCCGAGGGCUACGAGGUGGCUCACGGAGGCUGCUGUGUCACCGUCUUCUCUGCCCCCAACUACUGUGACCAGAUGGGGAACAAAGCCUCCUACAUCCACCUCCAGGGCUCUGACCUACGGCCUCAGUUCCACCAGUUCACAGCAGUGCCUCAUCCCAACGUCAAGCCCAUGGCCUAUGCCAACACGCUGCUGCAGCUAGGAAUGAUGUGAGGUGACGGCGGGGUGGCCUGCACCCCAGGGCCCCUCCACUCCCACCGGACCUGGGCCCCGGGCCAGGGGCAGAGCAGGCCCCACCCUACGGCAACGUUGGAUCCCCUUUUACUUUGUAAAGUUUGUAUUUAUUCCCCUUUAGGUUUGCAGAGGGGGUAGGGGCAGAGUCAGGGGCUGGCCAGACGGUCUGCUCCCUGGACAGAGAGGAAGGAGGUGGAGCAGCUGGGGCUGGGGGCACAGCCCGGGCAUUCUGUGGGGAGGCCGUCCUCGGGUUGGGGUGGGGCCAAGUGGCUGCCCUGCCCCCCUCAUUUGCAUGGCUCCUCCCACACUCAAGCAAUAGGGCCCCACCACAGGAAGACCCCCAGAGAGAGGGUCAGCAGGGGGGCCUCGCCUACGCCUCCCCUCCUGUAGCCCCAUGGUGGGGCUAGGCUGGGGCUCACCCCCUCCCCAGCUAUUUUAUGUCUGUAAUUAAAUAUGUUAAAAUAAAGUCAUUAUCGGAAGUCA